CUCACACUGACUUUGUAGGAGGACCUGAACUGUGAGCUGGAGCUGUGUCUGAAGCUCUUGACUCACAGGAUGAACACCCUCCGAACUCUGUUUCUCUUGGCCGCCGGCCUCUCUGUGGCCCUGUCGCGCCACGGCAGGGCAAUCCCCCAGUUCAGGAACAUGAUCAUGUGCACGUUGCCUGGCAGAUGGCCGAUUAGGGACUACACUGACUACGGCUGCUACUGUGGAAAGGGCGGCUCUGGUACACCUCUGGACGAGCUGGACAGGUGCUGCCAAGUGCACGACAACUGUUACGGUGUUGCCGAGAAGCACAACGAAUGCUGGUCCAUCUUCCACAACCCUUACAUCGAGUGGUACACCUGGAGCUGUGACGAAGCGAGCAAGACGGUCACCUGUGACAAGAGAAGCAACAACGAAUGUGAGAGGUUUAUCUGCGAGUGUGACAGGAAGGCCGCCGAGUGUUUCGCCAAAUCGCCUUAUAACAAUGAGCACUAUAACUGGCCCCAAGACAGAUGUCAGUGGAAAACUUCUGCAGUUAAUCGAACAAAGUAUCCACUCCCAACCACGACACACCCAUCACUGAGCUCUCAGGAGCGGCAGCAGCCUGUUUCCUCCGCUCCUAGAAAUACUCUGACUUUGUACUGUCACAUUCUCACGGUCAUGGUUUUCUUUUCUGCUUCUUUCUCUGCGGGUCAAGACUGGCAGAAUGGCAUGCUUGAACCCAAAAGCAACGAUACUGAAGCAGAGUGGGAAUGAGCAAAGCUCAGGUAUUAUUUAAACGAAGCAGGAGUCAGGAGCCAGGCAGUCAAUCCGGUUGCAAACAAAUCCGACAAGGGGCAGAAGAUAAGUCCAGGUACAAGCAGGCAGGUCACGAUGGGGAUCAGGCAGAAGAUAAGGCAGAAGGAAAAACGAUGGAGGGUCAGGCACGGACACACUAAACGAUCUGGCAGAGGACAAGGGGAACAGGCAGGCAGAUAUACAGGAGAGACCAAUGAGUGGAUGGAAGACAGGUGCAUCUGUGGGUGGGGCCGGUGAAGGGAUCAGAGGAAUGAAGAAGUGCAGAGCAGGACGGGAGUGGCAGCGUUCUGAAAUGACAAGGGGAUUAGAAAACAAAACUUAUCAGACAAACUGAAAAUAUUAAUAAGAAGGUGAAUUCGUGACACUGCGCUGCGUCUCUAUUGUUAGCUGUGGAUCUGUAUCCUGACCAGAAACACCAGUACAACUGCAUCUCUCAUUAACUGAUGCUCGGUCAUUCACCAGUAUAAUUUAUAGUUUCCAAUAGAGGGCGCUCUCAUCUAGCUCUUUCUUCCCUUGCUUGCAGAAAGUAGUUUACAGACUGUAGACUUUAAUAUAGGCAAUUUUAUCAAAUUAUAAAAAUGCUUGCAGUACUCAAUAAAGAAGACAAAAAAAAAGAU